AUGAAGUACUUUGCAUUGCUUUCACUCGUUCCGCUUGCUCUCGCCAACCGCCAUCUUUACGCUAGGGCAUACAUUUGCGACAGUCAAGAGUGCAUCGAUGCUGGUCUGAUUUUGAAUAGCGAGUGUCUGGACAGCCAGGAGAAUGUUUUAGCGUGUGUUUGCCAGUUGGAAAACAGUCAAUAUUGGGGCAAGUUGAGUGAGUGCAUUGCCAAUUGCGACAACCCCGUCACGUACAGCCCCGAGGAGUUGAAACGCUUGUAUUGCGAUGCGCCCACCCCAUCUUUAUCUGGAUCUGGAAAUGCCCUGGCAACCGGCUCCGUCGACCCUUCUUCGGCACUUGCAGCAAUCCUCAGUACCUUGUCUGGCUUGUCCAGUGAAGCAUCAUCGUCCACCGCCAACGACUCAUCGUCCGGUUCUGAGACCGACGAGUCCUCCGCCACCAGCGCCACCACCUCAGCUACCACGGCAGCCACUUCUACCGGCAAUGGCGCCGCAACCAUCGCAUCUGCUUCUUUAUUAUCUUUGAUUCUUCUUGCCUUGUUAUAG